CAUUAAAAACUAAUAAUGAAAUUCGCCGUGGUCGUAUUUGCCUGCGUGUUGGCCGCCGCCAACGCUCAAUUUGGCCAAGUCAAUCAGGGCCAAUACUUCCCCCAGAGGGAAAAUUACCAGUACAACAAAUACAACAGAUACAACCCCUACAACAACAACAACAACAACUACAACCGUUACCAAAACUACAACCCUUACAAGCCAUACGUAACAUCAACCCCCUACCCUCGCCCCACUGUCGCCUUCGCUGAAGCCAAAGCAACCGUUUCCCCAUCAGUCGCCCCCGUAGUCAAACCCGUGGAACCCGUCAUUGUUCCCGUCGUCCCCAAAGCACCAGUUGUCCCAGUGUCUGUACCCAGGGUUGUUGCUGACGCUCGCUCUGCUGAGACUCUUAAAUACGGCAAUGACAUCCAGCCUGAUGGUGCCUACAGCUACUUCUACGAAACCAACAACGGUAUCGCCGCUCAGGCCCAAGGAACCCCACGUAACUUCGGAGGCAACCCCCCUGUAGUUCCUGACGUUGCUCAAGGUUCCUUCUCUUGGACUUCCCCCGAGGGUGAGGUUAUCGCUAUCACCUACGUCGCUGAUGAGAACGGAUACCAGCCAACUGGUAACGCUAUCCCCCAGCCUCCUCCAAUUCCUCCUCAAAUCGCCCGCGCUCUUGAAUACAUCGCGAGGAAUCCCGUUUCCAAGAACUAAAACAUUUUAACUUUAAAUAAUACGAAUUCUACCACCAUUCCAGUAACAUUUUAUAAAAUAAUAGCGUUAGUUUAAUCAAUGUGUACAAAAAUAUAAAUGUAAUGUGAUAUGUUAUAAUGUGCUGUUCUAUUUUUGAGUGAUAAAUAUGCAAUUUUAAUAAAAACAUAGAAUUUUAAACCA